GACUUCCUUUUUUUUUCUUCUUCUUACAUUUAAUUACAUAAAAGUAAUCCCAGCCAAGAUUGCACAUAGGAAGUCCCCUCCACACCAGUAUUCUAUUUUUAUUGUUGUCCUACAUUUAAACAGUUUCAAUUGUUAAGAGAAAAUUGCAGGUAUAUAAGUAGACUUGUAUUCAUCAUUUGGAAUAUCAUUCGCAGUAAUUAUAAUGACCUUUGGCAUUGGGCUCACAUCGUGAUGUCUGUUAAUGACUUUUGUCCCCCCCAUGUGUCUUAAUCAUCUUUGUUCUACAACUCUACAAGAUUGUUAUGUAAGGUGUGUAAAUGUUAAAAAAACCCUUGUCCAGUCAGGACAGCUAAUACAAUUGGUCUGGUGUGGAAAGAAAAGGACAAUUCAAUUCCCUGGACAGCUGUCAUCCUGCAGUGAUGUUUCCCUACAAGAUUAUCGAUUUAGAAGACUCAAUGAACAAACAACUCAUGUCACACUUUGACGGUGAACGGACUGGUUUUUGUCAGGUCGGCCCCAAGAAAUGGCUUUUACCAGCUGCUUACAAACAGCAUGCAGAACAAUACUACACAAUGCCGAUUAAAAAAGACGAUGUCUGGAUUAUAACAUUUCCUAGAUCAGGGACAACUCUUUGCCAAGAACUUGUUUGGAUGGUCAACAAUAAUUUUGAUUAUGAAAAAUCUGGUUCAACUACAUUGGACAGAAAAUUUCCAUUUUAUGAGUUUAGUAUUUUACAUCAUAUUAAGUUUCAUGAAGAAGUGAAUGAAAUGAACAAUAAUGAUCCAAAAGUGGCGAAAGUGUUGGCUUAUUGGAGAGAGCACGGAUACAAAACAUUUCCCGACCUUCCAUCGCCUCGACACAUCAAAACGCAUUUGCCAUUCAGUCUGUUACCACAAGAUCUGGUCGACACGUGCAAGUCUAUCUAUGUAGCGAGAAAUGCUAAAGAUGUCGCGGUUUCAUAUUACCAUCACAACAAGCUGCUCAAACUUCAUGGAUACGUUGGAGAUUUUCAACAAUAUUGGGACUAUUUUGAGAAAGAUCUUCUGGUCUAUUCUCCUUAUUUUGAACAUGUAAAAGAAGGUUGGGAAAGAAGGAAUCAUCCUAACGUGUUAUUUAUUUACUAUGAAAAUAUUGUCAAGGAUCUUAAAGGUAGUAUAAAAAAAAUUGCCGAUUUCCUCAACAAGCCUGCCUCGGAAGAAGAUGUCGAGAGGCUCGCACAGCAUCUUGAAAUAAACAAUUUUAGAAAAAAUGUCAAAAUUCAUGAAGACAUAGAGAUGAAAGGAAUGACAAAUCCAGACGCAGAGGGAUUCAUUCGAUCAGGCAAGACUGGGGACAAGAAGGAAUUCACAGAUGAACUUGCUAAAAAAGCAGAUAACUGGAUUCUUGAAAAUUUGAAGAAUACAGAUAUUCUUUUCCCCGGCAUGUAACGUAUCAUUUGACCGAAAGUGGUUCAGUUCCUGAUUUAAAUUAAUAGUUUUAAAUGAAAUUUUAUUUAGA